AUGCUCCCCGGUUUCGGCGGCAUCUCGGCGAGCGACAUCCCCGACCAGAUCCAGAACGGCUACUUCUGUCUUCUCGGCAGACGCAGGGCGAAGGCCAGCGUGAAGAGCGUGGCCGAGGCGUGCUUGGUGACGAGCAGGAUGAAGAUGUUGGACCAGUCAGUUGCGCUCUUCAACCCGCGACUCGCCGGCGUGCCCGAGCAGGUGUUCGCCGUCAAGCCCGAGGCCAAGGACCAGCUCUACCUGCGCAAGUCCUACAUGUACCGCCUGGGCAUCAAGACGCCCCAGGUGGUCGCCUACGAAUCCAACAUCAAGUUAGGUCCGAACCGAAAGAACGAAAGCGAUGAAAGAAGGAAACAAAAGAGCGAAGGGCAACCAGUAAAGAUUUAA